UUUUUCUAACAGAAAUGAACCAAAUCCCUCUCAUGUGACCAACACCAAUAACAACAACAACAAUGAAGAGUAAGUCUUUUAGAGAUAAGUGAAGCCCUUCAAAAUAAGAGUUACAGUUCAUUUUUCCUCUUUAAUAUUUCAAACUGUUUUUUUUUUCAGGGAGGAAAAAGAACAAAAGAAAAAAGAGAAGAAAGAGAAAAAAGAGUAUGCUUCUUGUAAAUCUAUGUUUUGGUCAUUUCUUCAAAAACAGGAAUACUUCAACUCAAAGUAUAUUUUUUAUUUCCAGAAAAAAGAAGAAGAAGAAGGAGAAGGAGGAAAAAGAAGCGAAAGAAGAAAAAGAGAGGGAGGCAAAGGAAAAAGAAGCAAAAGACGCAAAAGAGAAGGAGGCAAAGGAAAAAGAAGCAAAAGACGCAAAAGAGAAGGAGGCAAAGGAAAAAGAAGCAAAAGAGAAGGAGGCAAAGGAAAAAGACAAGAACAAGCCUAAAGAAAUAUUUGUCAUUAAUCCAGCUGGGAAUCUAUAUUACAACUGGCUGUUUUUCAUCACAAUGCCUGUUAUGUACAACUGGACCAUGAUUGUUGCCAGAGCUUGCUUUGAAGAACUUCAGCACGACUAUAUACUCUAUUGGUUUUUAUUGGACUAUACUUCUGACCUAAUAUAUCUGGCUGACAUGUUCUUCAGGACCAGAACAGGCUACCUUGAACAAGGCUUGAUGGUUAAAGAUAAGAAGCUGCUCCGGGAUCGUUAUACGUCCAGCUUCCAGUUCCGUCUUGAUGUCCUCUCCAUGCUGCCGACAGAUAUCUUCUAUUUUGUCUUGGGUCUUGAUUACCCAGAGAUCCGAAUCAACAAGCUGCUGAGAAUAGGUCGAAUGAUGGAGUUCUUCACAAAGACAGAGACCAAAACUAACUACCCUAACAUCUUUCGCAUUGCAAACCUCAUCAUGUACAUUCUCAUUAUCAUUCACUGGAAUGCCUGUUUUUACUUUUCUUUUUCUAAAUCCAUCGGCUUUGGUGCAGACGAGUGGGUCUAUCCAGCUCUGGAUGACCCGGAUGAACCGGAGUUUGGGCAGCCUAUGAGGAAGUAUGCGUUUAGUCUUUACUGGUCCACACUAACGCUGACCACCAUUGGAGAAACCCCCCCGCCAGCUCUAGAUUCAGAAUUCUUUUUCCAUGUUAUGGACUUCCUGGUCGGUGUCCUGAUCUUUGCUACCAUUGUGGGAAACAUUGCCACCAUGAUCUCCAACAUGAAUGCCGCUCAAGCCCAAUUCCAGGCCCGGAUUGACAACAUCAAGCACUACAUGCAGGCUCGAAAAGUCAGCAAGGAGCUUGAGUUGCGAGUCAUCAAGUGGUUUGAUUACCUGUGGAACAACGGAAAGGCGCAAGACGAAAGAGAAGUUCUGCGGUACCUCCCGGAUAAGUUGAAAGCAGAAAUAGCCAUCCAGGUCCACAUGGACACUCUGAAAAAGGUUCGUAUUUUUGCCGAUUGCGAGGCAGGACUCCUCAUCGAACUGGUGCUAAAACUCCGACCCCAGGUUUUCAGUCCUGGAGACUACAUCUGUAAGAAGGGAGACAUUGGCCGUGAGAUGUACAUUAUCAAAGACGGAAAGCUUGCAGUCGUUGCCGAUGACGGCGUCACGCAGUUUGUUGUGCUGGGCAGCGGCAGCUAUUUUGGUGAAAUCAGUAUUCUUAAUAUCAAAGGCAGCAAAGCAGGCAACAGGCGGACAGCCAACAUCCGCAGCAUUGGAUACUCGGAUCUCUUCUGCCUCUCAAAAGAUGACCUGAUGGAGUCCUUGCUGGAAUAUCCAGACGCCAAAGGCAUGCUGGAGGAGAAGGGAAGGCAGAUCCUGAUGAAAGACGGACUGAUUGAACUGGAUCCAGCAAACAUCAAACCUGAGGCUAAAGAGCUGGAAGAAAAAGUUGACAACUUGUACACCACAAUGGACCUGAUGCAAACUAAGCUCAAGAAGAUUCUGCAAAAAAACAAAACUGCCGACAAAGCACUCAAAGAGCGCAUCAAAGAUCUGGAGCUCCUGAGUGGAGAGGAGGUAGAAGAAGACGAGGAGGAUGAAGCUGUGAAAAAGGAAGCAACAGUGGAAGAAGCUGUGGAGGAGACAGCAGAUGGAACGGCGGGAGAUGAUGAAGAGAAAAAGGAAGAAAAGGGUGAGGUGUCAGAGAAAGGUGAGGAAGAAGAAGAAAAGCCUGAUGAAGCGAAGGAGGAAAAAGAAAAAGGUGAAGAGGAAGAAGAAAAGAAAUCAGAAGAGGAA